AUGCCAGGCAUCAGCGUCGACGUAACCUGUCACGAGCUUAAUGUGGAUCCAACCUUCAAACCAGUCAAGCAGAAAAGAAGAAAGCUUGGUCCAGAACGAGCUAAAGCAGUCAACGACGAAGUUGAGAGAUUACUCAAGGUAGGAUCAAUCGCCGAGGCCAAAUAUCCGGACUGGCUCGCAAACCCGGUGGUUGUGAAGAAGAAGAACGGCAAGUGGCGAGUCUGCGUGGAUUUCACCGACCUCAACAAGGCGUGCCCAAAAGACAGCUUUCCCCUGCCACAUAUCGACCGGCUCGUCGAGGCUAAUGCGGGGAACAAACUGUUAACGUUUAUGGACGCGUUCUCCGGCUAUAAUCAGAUCCUGAUGCAUCCUGAUGAUCGGGAAAAAACGGCAUUCAUAACCGAUUGCGGGAUAUAUUGCUGCAAAGUCAUGCCGUUCGGGCUCAAAAACGCAGGAGCAACGUAUCAACGGCUCGUCAACAAAAUGUUUGCAGCUCAGCUCGGGAAAACUAUGGAGGUAUACAUCGACGAUAUGUUAGUUAAGUCACUCGAGGAGGAAGACCACGUCGCGCACCUACAAAAAUGUUUUGAACAGUUGAACAAGCACAACAUGAAGCUAAAUCCGGCGAAGUGCAGGUUCGCAGUCACCUCGGGAGAAUUCCUCAGCUAUCUGGUAACCCACCGAGGCAUCGAAGCAAACCCCAAGCAGAUUAAGGCGUUAGUUGAAAUGCCCUCUCCAAGGACGAAGCGCGAAGUACAAAGGUUAACAGGGAGAGUCGCUGCGCUAAAUCGAUUUAUCUCCCGUUCCACGGACAAAUGCCUGCCUUUCUACGACACCCUCAGAGGAAACAAGAAAUUUGAAUGGGACGAACGAUGUGAGACGGCUUACCAAGAACUGAAGACUUAUCUGGCGAGUCCGCCAAUCUUAGCAAAACCGGUCGAAGGAGAGCCGCUCUUCCUCUACAUCGCGGUGUCUGCUACAGCUGUAAGUGGGGUAUUAAUCAGAGAAGAACGAUCCGAGCAAAAACCCAUUUUCUACAUCAGCCAAACACUGACCGACGCCGAGACCCGCUACCCACAAAUCAAGAAGGUCGCCCUAGCCGUCGUAGUCUCGGCUCGCAAGCUGCGCCCAUACUUUCAGUCGCAUUCGAUUGUUGUGCUCGCCACCCUUCCGCUGCGCUCGAUCCUGCACAGCCCAAGCCAAUCCGGUCGGCUCGCCAAGUGGGCCAUAGAGCUGAGCGAAUACGACAUCGAGUAUCGGAAUAGGUCGUCUGCAAAAUCACAAGUGCUCGCUGAUUUCCUCAUUGAACACCCGGCCGAAGCAACAAACGAGCCAACCCUAGACGAAGUAUGGACAUUGCACGUCGACGGCUCGUCAUCUAAACAUGGCUCGGGAAUCCGCCUUACCUCUCCCACCGGAGAAAUACUUGAGCAGUCUUUUCGCCUGAACUUUCACGCCUCGAACAACGAAGCGGAAUACGAAGCACUGAUCGCCGGCAUACGACUAGCACAAGGAAUCGGAGUUCGAAAAAUAAGAACCUUCUGCGACUCGCAGCUCGUAGCAUGUCAGUUCAACGGAGAAUACGAGGCAAAGGAUGGACGUAUGGGCGCUUACCUCAAAGUGGUCCGGGAGUUGGUGCAAAAGUUUGAUGAGUUCGAACUCACUCGCAUUCCCCGAGGAGAAAACACCUCGGCCGACGCCUUAGCAGCACUCGCUUCAACCUCGGACCCGGACCUCCGACGAACGAUCCCAGUCGAAUUCAUCGAACGCCCUAGCAUCGAAGAAGUAGAAGGAGUUCGGCUGAUAAAUCCCCCUGAACAAGAACCAGAAGACGACGAAGCCAUUCCGAUGGAGGAAGACGCCUCGUCGGCCGAGCCAGAAUACGGCUGCGACAAAGAAUGGCUCGGGGCCAUCCCAACGUACAUCGCCGACAGAGAGGCGCCAACCGACAAAUGGGAAGCCCGCAAGCUUAAAGCUCAGAUCAUGCACGAGGUGCAUAGCGACGCGUGCGGUAACCACUCCAGCGGAAGGUCGCUCGCUAUCAAGAUAAAACGGCACGGCUACUUCUGGCCUACGAUGGUCAAAGACUGCAAGAAAUUCACGGCGAAAUGCGAGAAAUGUCAGCGGCACGCUCCAACAAUUCACCAACCUACCGAGCUGCUCUCGUCAAUUUCGUCGCCCUAUCCAUUCAUGAGAUGGUCGAUGGACAUCGUCGGACCUCUAUAUCGCUCGAAACAAAAGCGUUUUCUGCUCGUCCUCACGGAUUACUUUUCCAAGUGGGUCGAGGCCGAUUCUUACGCAAGUAUAAAAGAUGUUCAGGUCGAACACUUCGUCUGGAAAAAUAUAAUCUGCCGACACGGGGUCCCUUACGAGAUCGUCACCGACAACGGAUCCCAGUUUAUUUCAACACGCUUCGAAGCUUUCUGCAAGAAGUGGAAAAUCCGCCUCAGCAAAUCCACGCCAAGAUACCCUCUAGGGAAUGGACAAGCCGAAGCAGCCAACAAGACGAUCCUCGAUGGUCUGAAAAAGAGGCUCAACGAGAAGAAAGGACGGUGGGCAGACGAACUCGAAGGAGUCCUUUGGUCUCAUCGGACAACUCCGCGCCGAGCCACUGGGGAAACUCCAUUCGCUCUGGUCUACGGAUCGGAGUGCGUAAUUCCCCCCGAGGUGGACUUCCCAGGUAUUCGACGAAGACUUCUACCAGGACAAGAAGGUUUAAACCACUUAAUGAUGCUAGAUGAGCUCGACCUAAUCAACGAAAAGCGCGACCAAGCCCUAGUUCGAAUUCAGAACUACCAACAAGCAACGGCGCGGUACUACAACAAAAACGUUCGUAGCCGAAGAUUCAAAGAGGGAGAGCUCGUCCUCCGAAAGGUCUUCCAAAAUACUGCCGAGAAGAACGCAGGAAAGCUCGGAGCAAAUUGGGAAGGUCCUUACAAGAUCACCAAAGUGGUUCGUCCGGGAGUCUACGAACUCGCGACACUAGCCGACGAGGCGAUUCCAAGAUCAUGGAACGCAAUGCAUCUGAAGAAAUACUAUCACUAA